AUGUCCCUCGGCCGCGCCUGUGCCCAUGACCUCCCCAUAAAACUCUCCCAAGCCUCCCGCCACGGCUUCAAGGGCAUAGAGCUGUUCUACGAAGACCUCGAAUCCCACGCCCAGGCACUCACAGACGGCCUCACCCACUCCAACCAGCUCACCGCAGCCCAAGAAAUCCGCCAGCUCUGCGACAAACACAACCUGCAAAUCGUCACCCUGCAGCCAUUUCUCUUCUACGAGGGCCUGCUGGACCGCGCGGAGCACCAUCGGCUGCUCAAUGGGAAAUUAGCGCUGUGGUUCCAGCUGGUGAAAAUACUGCGCACGGAUAUGAUUCAGAUCCCGGCGAAUUUCCUGGGUCCGGACCCAGGCACUGGCAAGGCGCGGACGACGGGGGAUUUGGAUGUUAUUGUUAGCGAUUUGAGGGAGGUGGCGGAGCGGGGGGUUGCGGGAGGACCCGCCCGUUCGGUUCGCAGGGUUGAUAGGGCGAAUUUUGGCAUUUGUUUGGAUACGUUUAAUUUGGCUGGAAGGGUGUAUGCGGAUCCGGCAGUGAGGGAUGGGAAGAUGGUUAAUGCGGAUGCGAAUUUGAGAGCCUCGUUGGCGCGCUUGGUGGCUACUAUUGAUGUGCGGAAGGUAUUUUAUAUACAGGUUGUCGAUGGGGAGAGGUUGGAGAGGCCGUUGGUUAAAGGGCAUGAAUGGCAUGUUUCGGGACAGCCGAGCCGGAUGUCUUGGUCGCGGAAUGCGAGGCUGUUUGCGUUCGAGGAGGAUAGGGGUGGGUAUCUUCCCAUCCUAGCUAUUGCUCGGGCUUUCUUUGACCUUGGAUUCGAGGGUUGGAUCUCGCUAGAACUCUUCUCGAGGUCGACUGCGGACCCAAAGCCGGAUAUUCCAGCAGCGCACGCGAGGAGAGGGGCCGAGUCCUGGAGAAAAUCGCAUGGAAGAGGUUAA